CAUCUGUCGCCUGGUCUCCACUGUAUGAAUUGCGCCUAGGCUCCGGUCUGAAGACACAUAAGCAGCGGCAGGCAAACUGGCGCUGUGCUCAAGUGGAUCCGGGAUGCGAACAGAUGACGCCGGACCAUGACAGACAGUGGAGUCAGACGCACUGAGCCGCAGCGAUAAGACAGCGCGCCGCAAAAUGAAGACACCUAUGCGUCAUGGGGUAGCGGUGCUUCUCGUGCUUCUCCUGUGCGCCAGUCUGUUCCUGGUGUACAACGGCAGCUUCAACGGCGCAACGAGAAACGCUAACGACACGCACAUCAGACAGCAUGAACAGCUGCGACGGCCCACUGAAGCCCCUGUCAGGGUGGCCAAGCCUCACCCCCCGGUUCUCCAGGGAUACAGUGGCAUCAUCGACCAUAAGCCUCUUAAAAUGCACUGCCAGACCUGUGCCCUUGUGACCAGCUCAGGUCAUCUCAUCGGAGGCGGUCGGGGUGUAGAGAUCGACCGGGCUGAGUGUGUCAUCCGCAUGAACGAUGCUCCUGCCAGGGGUUACGCCCGUGACGUCGGCCGCCGCACCUCCCUUCGCGUCAUUGCUCACUCCAGCAUGCAAAGGGUCCUUCGAAACAGACACGAACUGCUCAACGUCAGCCAGGACACGGUGUUCAUAUUCUGGGGCCCUAGCAGCUACAUGAGGCGUGAUGGGAAGGGCCUCAUAUACAACAACCUAAGGCUGAUGAACCAGGUCCUGCCCAAGCUCAAAGUUUAUAUCAUCUCCUGGCAGAAGAUGCUGCAGUUUGAUGAGCUCUUCAAGAAGGAGACUGGAAAAGACAGGAGGAUAUCAAAUUCAUGGCUGAGCACUGGCUGGUUCACUAUGACCAUCGCCCUGGAGCUGUGUGAUAGGAUCAAUGUCUAUGGCAUGGUUGCCCCUGACUUCUGCAGGGAGCCUCAGCACCACUCUGUGCCCUACCACUACUAUGAGCCGCGUGGUCCAGAUGAAUGUGCCAUGUACAUUUCCCACGAGCGAGGGCGGCGAGGCAGCCACCACCGCUUCAUCACAGAGAAACGAGUCUUCGCCAAAUGGGCACGGACGUUUGACAUCCACUUCUACCAGCCGGACUGGAGCCCCCCACCUCUGACAGCCGCCAACCAAACGCUGGAGGGAACAAUCGCACCCUUUGUACCCCAGAAGACGUGACUGGUGUGUGGUCUGAAACAUAUUUCAGACGUCCAUCUCAGAGACACUCAGGACGGGGAUGAUGGCAUGGGUCAGCUUGAACCAGGGGUCAAUGGGCCAUUAAUCGACAGAUGAAAAACACAAGCAGAUAAGGACAAACAUGAAUGAAGAUAAGCCCUGCUGAUCCUGCUGAACUUUUUAUGAACUUUCCUACUUUCUAGUGGCACUGCAGAGACAGUGGUGUGUUUUUGUUUACCGAGGUGGACAAGUUCACAUCUGUACAUCCCUUUUUUGAAAACCUCAUAAAGUGAGCUUAUACAAAGAGGCAACAUCAUCUUGCUUGCCAUCAUACAUGCAUGCAGUGUGUUUCUGUGGAUUCUCUGACUUGUGUGUGCAUCUGUAUGUGUAGUAUGAACGUGUAUGUUUAUCAGAGGAUUCAGACUUGAGUGUGAGCUCUCCACAAAGCCUCUGUUAGAUGAAGAAUCAGUGCAUCACUGCUGUUGGUUUACUGAAACAAAAAUGGUAGUACAAUCUAACUGCAGUCCAGGGGAUGGCAUAAACUGAAUCCUGAUAGUGUAGCUUGAGUCAAAUUUGGCCUCUAUACAAAGUAUGACUUACAAUCUUCUGCAAUUUUGAUUGAGGCGGUCAAGCUGAAUGAGAUUCUUUAGGCUUCUUUUGUCACGCAACAAAGUCUCUAACUCUUUUUAAAGCAGAUAUCUGAAUUACUUCCCCAGCCUUCAUUUAUUCUGCCUUUCGGAUGUGUGAUGUGUAAGCCCACUAAAGUGUGACCUGAGUCAAACUUAGCAAGGCAGCACAUCCCAGCUGAAUGACAAGUGCAUAACAUUCAUAGGAAUGUAUUCGUCUGCACCUCACGGGGCCCUGUAUAUGUAUGUAUCAUAAGGCUUUGUCGGCUUCUGUCACCAGUUAAUAGUGCGAUUUAUACAGCUACAAGCUGGAUUUCCAUGUAAAUGCACAGCCAUGUCACACAAGACAAGUGGGAGAUUAAGAUCGAGAGCAGAAGAUGCAGCACCCGCAUCCAUUCCACUAUAAUCAUCUGCCGCUGCUUCCGUGAGCCUGAAUCACCUCACAGGAGAAUAACACCUUUUGGAGGAAUACUAAGUUUUCUCUCUUUUGUUAAACUAAUAAGUACGGUACAUGCCACACUUCCUUUCCCUCUUACAUCCUCUAUUUUCUCCUUAUUUCUUCCUCUGUUAAUAAGAAUCAGGUGUCAGUCAGGAGAGAGCUGUGAGCGCUGUUGCUUUCUUAAUGAUACAACCUGGUGCUAAGUCCAUAUUGAUUCUGGCCUCAUCUUUGUAAUGUAAGUAAUGAGAGGAGAGAUGCGUUGGGUCACACCACGUCAUGUCUCCUCCAUGGAGAUAAUGGCUUCUCAUACAUCACAAACAGCUGCAGGAGUGGGAGGAGUACAUCACCUGGCUCUGCUGAUGGAUUUGUAUGGCAGCAAACAUGUGCACUGUUUUGUUUUGCUCAAACUUGACAUGAUAUGAAUUAGCAAAGUAAUUAGCACUGUAAUAGUUUAGGCCUCUGCCUGAUUAUCUGUCUGAGCCAUUAAUGUGUUAUUUAGGCCUGUAAAUUCUGAUUAUUUUAAUUGGACACUAUUUUUUUGAUUAAAUGGGUUAUAUGCAGUAUUGAUUUUCCAAAUUAUCAACAGCAGCGGGAAGUUGCACCCAGGGCAACCAAAACCUCCAAUGAAGAGAUGCUAUAUAUCUACAGACUGUAACACUCACUGAAUAAAGUAUAAAGCUCAUUGUUUGCACACAUCUGUAUUAGGGUAUCAUCAGGCAACUCACUGCUCCUAAUGUGCUAUUAGCUGAUGCUAUUGCUAGGUGCUGUGUGUAUUAGGAUGGGUGAAACGUAAAAAUCGAAUUUCCCUACAGGGAUAAUAAAGUGAGUUAACGUUUAACCUUUAAAAUAAAACUGUGUCUAAUAAUCUUUUCAUAAGUCACUGAGUUGGCUGAGCCAGAAAACAGCCACAGUAAAGCCAUAAAUUUCCUCCAUCUCAAUCACUUCUGUUUUUAGCAAAUAUAUUAACAAAACAUACUUUAUGUCUUUAUAACUUUCAUAACCAAAAUCACCAGUGCAGAAGAAAUGCUGCAUUUUCAUCAAAACGCCUUCUUUUCAUUUAGAGCUGUGUCCAGAGG